GUCACUCCGCUGUGAAAGAUGGCUGCGGUGGAGCGGGCUCAGGUCAGGGAAGGCUUCCGGAUAGUUGUUCUGUGUGUGUGCUGGUACACAGUCAGCUCAGGCGGCAACGUCAUCAACAAAAUAAUCCUCAACGGAUUCCCAUACCCGGUCACGGUGUCUCUUUUUCAUAUUUUCUCCAUUGUCGUCUUCCUCCCGCCGUUGUUGCGGGCAUGGGGAGUCCCCAAAACAGAACUACCAAGAAGGUACUACUGGUGGUCCAUUCUUCCUUUAGCUUUCGGGAAAUACUUUGCUUCGGUGUCGGCUCACUUCAGCAUAUGGAAGGUACCGGUUUCAUACGCCCACACUGUAAAAGCCACAAUGCCGAUAUGGGUUGUCCUCUUGUCACGAAUCAUCAUGAGGGAGAAGCAGACGACUAAGGUGUACAUAUCUCUGAUCCCCAUCAUUGGCGGAGUGCUGCUGGCCACGGUAACGGAGUUAUCCUUCGAUGUUUCGGGUCUCAUCAGCGCCCUGGCUGCUACGCUCUGCUUCUCCUUACAGAAUAUAUUCUCCAAAAAGGUAUUGCGUGACACUCGGAUCCACCACCUGCGACUGCUCAACAUCUUGGGCUUCAACGCCGUCAUAUUCAUGCUGCCCACCUGGGUGCUGGUGGAUCUUUCCGUCUUUCUUGUCAAUGAUGAUCUGUGGGACAUGUCAGGAUGGACCAGAACUGUUAUCCUGCUACUCAUCAGCGGCUUCUGCAACUUCGCUCAGAACGUCAUCGCCUUCAGCGUCCUCAACCUGGUCAGCCCGCUCAGCUACGCCGUGGCGAACGCCACCAAGAGGAUCAUGGUGAUCAGCAUCUCGCUGCUCAUGCUGCGGAACCCCGUCACGCUCACCAACGUGCUGGGCAUGAUGACGGCCAUUGUCGGGGUCUUCCUCUACAACAAGGCCAAGUAUGACGCUAACCAAGAGAAGAAACUGUUGCCGAGCAGCAAACAGGACCUGAUGUCCUUUGACAACCCAGCAUUACAAAAGCUCCAGGCCAACGGGUCAGUGCCUUUCUCCCAUGGUUCAAUGCCGCAGCAGGACACUUGGAACAACGUGCUCACCGACCACUUCCAGUACAAUCACCAGACCUACACGUCAAACUACAACAGCAACCACCAGUAUGUGGUGUAAAAAGGGAAGGCUGGGUUGCUCUCAUAGACAUUAGCGUGUGUGUGUGUGUGUGUGUGUGUGUGUGUGUGUGUGAGCGAGCGAGCGAGAUGGGUCUGUCAUGGAUGCGUCAGUGACGUGACCUCUCCCACGCUCCUUCAUGUCUAAAACCUUGCUGUGACAUCCCGUCCAUCACUUUGGUUCCUACUGAACACGCGGCGCUCAUGUCAUUCACACACGGGUUAGUCAUGGAUAAAGCCAUCGUUCCACAACACACACACACACACACACAUACAAAACAUUCAGAGGAAGUGAUGUCGACUGUGACCUCACACUCGGUAACAAACAGAACUUAGUGGGAGAGCCUUAAUAUUUUGAUUUUAGGCUUGUGUUCAAGAGUCGGGAGCCAAUCGGAACAAUCUAGUCGGUCAAACGUGAUCCAUUAGUGCUAUUAAAUGAGAAAUAAGUGUGAGACACGUUCUGAUAGGUGGAACAGUCGGUGACCACUCAUAUUUUCUUACAGGGCGGGCAAAUGAAGCCAUGUGUUGUCAACGUUAGGUAGACAUGGUAAAAAAAAAAAUGAAAAAAAAAAAACGGUUUACAGACAUCCAGAUCAUGGUGAUGCGCAAAAGGUUGAAUCGAGACAACUGGACUCUUGCUUUUUGAAAGGUUUAUUCGGUUCAAAAUAUGAAGUGUGGAGUCUCCGUAUUUGCUGUAUGCCUCUUGGGUGGGUGCGUGGGUGGGGGUCCCACAAUGGACUUGUUGCCAGUUAUGCCUGGUGAAAAACCGUCCAUUCAUUCAUUCAUUCAUUUUCUACCGCUUUUUCCCGGUGCUGGAGCCUAUCCCAGCUGUCUUUGGGCGAGAGGCGGUGUACACCACACAGAGAUGGCCGAGGGUGGAAUUGAACUUGGGCCUUCUAGCUGUGAAGCCAACCCUACCUCUGUGCAGCCCUGGUUCAGUAUAUUUUUCAUCAAAAUAGUAGUCAUGCCAAAAUGUUGUGUUGCUGCUGGAUGUUCACAGUAUCCGAGUGAUACUGUCAUAGGGGUGCUGGAGCCUAUCCCAGCUGUCUUCGGGCAAGAGAGGCGGGGUACACCCUGGACUGGUCGCCAGCCAGCCAAUCACAGGGCACAUAUAGACAAACAACCAUUCACACUCACAUUCAUAACUAUG